UUAUUUUAAUUUGAAACAAGAAGCAGCAGCAACGGCGGCAUAAACAAUAUGCUAAUAUGGGCCAUAACCUUAAAACUAUUCAGAUAAAAGUCGAAUUUUAUGAAAAUAUCCGAAAGUGAAAGUAAAAAGUGUUUAUCAUAUUUUUUUCGCAUCAGCAUCCUUGCUGGCAUCCUUGUGUCUCUUCUUCUAUCCACUGUGCAUUCCAUUCCGCUUGCGUUUGCGUGAAUGUGUAUUUGCUCCACCCACAAUCUGCCGAAAGGAAACAAAAUCAAAUAUAUGUGUAUAUAGAAAUUUAUGUAGGAUAAAAGUUAAACGCUUCAAGCAGAAAAUCAAAAAAAAAUGAAGCUCGGUUUUGGCGAUAAAACGAAAUAGUGUGUGUGCGUGAUUGUGUGUUGGUUAAUUAUCGCUUAAUUUGUAACUACAACUGGAAAUCCCAGCAUCCCAGACCACCUGAGCAUGUGAUUUAAAUGCAACUAGAGGAUUAGUUAGCAACUAGCAGAACUACAUCAGGUCUACGUGGAAGUUUACUCCCAAUUAAAUGGCAAAAGCACGCAGAAAACGCUUCCGUUUGAGGUGUCUAGGGAAUAAUAAGCACAAGGAAGCGACAACACCAGCUUCAGAGCAGGAAGAGGAGCAUCAAGGUAAUGAUUCAUCAACAACGACAACAACGACAACAACAACAAACGCAACAACAGCUAACAACCUUAAGUAUUAGCAUGAUGGACAAACGCUCCAUCUGCUUGCUAAUAAUCUGUGUGAAUUUAUUCCUUGUCAUUUGGCUGGUUAUUGUGCCGCAACCGCUUAUGCUGGAAACCGAAGCACCGCCAGUGGCGUCGGCCUUUUAUGCCGCCCCAGCAUCUGCUAUCUCCUCUGCCUCCUCCUUUUCCUCCGCGUCAUCGUUGUCCUCCUUCUCAUCGCCACCACCUAGUGCCAAUGGAAGUAGUAGUACUAAUACUAGUACUAGUAACAGUAGCAGCAGCAUUAGUAACAACAACAAACCAAACCAAAUACACGAGCCUAGUCGCUACAAUUUUAGUUAUAACCAUAGUUUAGUUAGCCUAGACAAAGCGGCCACGCCCGCUCCUUUAGCAACUCCUUCACCUCCUGCGCCAACAAGCACUUCAACACAACACACCACGAAAUCGUCUCAGCUGAUUGACUUGAACAACUUUGCCUACGUGAUGAAUCAACGCGCCUGCUCAGCGGAUAUAAAGGCCCUGAUCCUGGUGCACACAGCUCCGCGAAAUGUCGAGAAGCGUUCUAUCAUAAGGCAAACAUGGGGCGGUCCGAUCAUAGAGAAGUCGCCAGUGCGUGUGGUUUUCCUACUAGGAGCCCUGCCGCCUGAAGAACAAUCCGUGCAAUGGGAUCUAACGCAGGAGAAUAACUUGUACGGUGACAUGGUACAGGGGAACUUCCAAGACGCCUACCGCAACAUGACUUACAAGCAUGUGAUGGCCUUGAAAUGGUUUCAUAACAACUGCCCGCAGGCGAAGCUGCUCAUCAAGGUGGAUGACGAUGUCUAUGUGCAUACUCCUCAGCUACUGAAGUACUUGACGGAGCCAACAGCAGCGACUUCAACGACAGCGGCAACUUUGAUUCAAUCGUCUACGACGCCGACUGCGUCGUCAUUACGUUCCCUGCUGGGGCAGCAACAUGAUUUGCUCUUCUGUCGACCUUUGGUUGGGUCACGAGUGAAGAGGUCCUACCGCUCUAAAUGGCGCGUCAGCUUUAGCGAAUAUUCCGAGCAUUACUACCCGCCCUAUUGUCCUGGCUUUGCCAUUAUCUAUUCACCCGAUGUGGUGUUUCGCCUGUAUAAGGCUGCCCAACGUUCCAAUUAUUUUUGGAUUGACGAUGUCCACAUAACGGGAAUAAUGGCUCAGGAGACAAACACUACAAUCACUUCUGUACAGCCAUAUAUUUUAGAUUAUUGGGAUUACGAUUUGCUGCUUAGCGGCCAGACUGAUCUCAUGAAUCAGGAGUUCCUUUUCACCUCGCACAGCAUUGGCCCGGAGCGGAUCAAUGCACUCUGGCAGUUAAUUCUGAUGCAAAACAGCACACGUAGCAAAAUGGAAGCCAGCUAGAAACGAAUAAAGUACAAGGACGAGGAGUAAAAGUGGCCUGGAAUUUUUUUUUUUUUUUUUGCCAUUUGUUUUUGGCUGUUUAUUGUUUAAUCGCUAGUUAUUUAGUGAUAAAAUUAGUUAGCACAAAGAGUAAGAAGGAAAAUAUAACAAAACAAGAGAAAAACAAACAAACAAACAAGAGAAAAGAAGAUAAAAACAUUGCAAAGUCAAGUGAACCACCAACCACCUGCCUACAAUCAUUCGUAUCACAUAUUAAUAUAAAUAUAUAUAUAUAUAU